ACAACAUACGUCACAUGGUGCGUAGGGCAGACAGCCACUGCACUCAGCUGGGCAUAGAGACCUUAGGAACAGAACUACUGGUUAUAUUUUCAUAUUUCCAAAUACAAAUCAUGUAAAUCUUACAGUGAUUGUUUCUAAGGGACUUCUAUUCUUAAUAGAGCCUGUGUCGUCAUGGCUUGUCCCUUAUCAGGCGAACCCCGGGCUUUGGGGCCUGGUGAAGAUCAUCCAGAGCCUGCAUCAGAGACCCGGGAGCCCGUUCGACCCCAGCCGCCUCCGCAGCACCUUCAGCCGGCGUGCGUGAGCGCUGCUGCCGCGGUCAUGGUGGAGGCUCUGGAUGAUGCGGAGGGGCUUUUUGUAGCCGUGGAGAGAUGUCCGCUCUGCAACACGGCCAGACGCAGACUGACCUGCGCCCGCUGCAUUCACAACGGCGAUUUCGUGUAUUUCGACGGGAGAAAUCCAGAGAGCUAUUCAGAAAAGCUUCAAAGAAUACAAAAGCUCAAAAAUGAAAAGGAGAAUCUUCAACAGAGAGUCAUCGAAGCCAUGGACAAGAAGGUCCAGGCGGACCAGCUUAGGUGGAAAAUCAUGUCAUGCAAGAUGAAAAUCCAGCAACUCAAGGAGGCCAUCUGCACCGGCAAUGAAGAAGUGAAGAGUGGCAAAGACCUGUUGUUGCGUUCCAAGGAGGAAGGGCAGCGACUGCAGCGCAGGGCCAGCCGACAUCAGGAAAAGAGGGACAAAAUUAAGCGGCAUAACCAACGUCUAGGCGAGCUCCUGGAGAAGAGAUCCAAAGAGCUGCAGGGGAGGCUGGAGGUCCUGGCUGAGGUGCGGAGAGAGCACAUCCUGGAGGUCACCACUCAUAUCUUCAACAUCCAGGAAGAGAAGCAGGGCAGCAGGGACCCAGCAGAGGCUGAGAAUGACCUUGCUCUGACCUCCAGCACCGUCAGUGAACUAGCAGAGGCGAGGCGAAUCACCUACAGCUCAGGCCGCUGGAUCUGGGACGAUCAGAACGGAGAGACGAGCAUCAGUAUCACUGGGCCACACGUCACACUUCCCAGUAAUGGAGACUGCUCAGCCUACUACAGCUGGGUGGAGGAGAAGAGUGGAAAUCAGGGGCCAGGUACAGAACUCAUGGAGUUGGACCACAUCAACCCGGCACACACUGUCAGUGCCGCCCUCUGCUAUGCUACACAACUCAUCAAUAUCCUGUCUCAUAUUCUUGAUGUCAGCCUUCCGAAAAAAUUGUGCAACAGUGAGUUCUGCGGUGAUAAUCUGACCCGCUACCGCUUCACUCGUGCCGUAAACAAACUUAACACCAACAUCCUGCACCUCUGCUUCUCACAGCAUGUCGACAGCGAGCUGCUUCAUCCUCACCACACUUUGAGAAAUAUAAUGUUUCUGGUGUCUCCAGCAAACAAGAAACUUGGCAGAACCGGGCCGUUUGAGGUGAGUGCUGACUUGGAAGACUCUAUAGAGUUUGUGGAACCAGAGGCAGCUGGACCGGCGGAGGAGAGCGGAGACGAGGCUGUGACGGAUGAAGAAACAGACUUGGGCAUAGACUGGGAGACGGUUCCAAGCCCUCGCUUCUGUGACAUCCCUUCCCAACCUAUGGAUCUGUCCCAGAGUGGCAUGCAGGCAUCCCAGCCAGCUGGCAAUGCAGGGGGCAUGAUCUCCUCUGCGGCUGCCUCUGUCACUUCCUGGUUCCGCACCUACACCGGGCAGCGCUGAGAUCCGGUGGAUGUUGGGUUGGUUCAACCGGUUUGACCUAUGCAAACACCCCAUUACUGUCAUUCUCACUUAUGUCAGUUUGGCCAUUGGGAGAAAUAAAGGGAAGUUUCAUUUGACUGCU